AGCCCUCAAGCUGCCGGGCGCGGCUUUUCUUGGGGCCGAGUUCCGAGCACGGCUCGGCCGAUUCGGAUCCGAAUCGGCAGGCAAGACGGCCGCCGUUUUGCGUGCAUGGGAUGUGCUGGCUGCAAAGUCAGGCAGGUGGAUGCAGCCGUCAAGGAGCCACUGCCUGCCUCCCUGGCCAAAGCACCCCGCGGCAGGUUCGGCGGUGCCCUGCCUCGGCUGGAAGAAGGGCGCCGAGACUUCGCGCGCAUCUUCUUCGCAGACCAGAGGAAGAUCUUCUUUCUUGGGCCCAACAUGACGAGCAUGAUGCCCCUACAGCCUACCGGGGGCCCCAGCUCGGCGCACAUUGGGGAUCUCAACGAGCAGGUGGUGGACAAAGCCGAAACCCUCUUCAGAGAAAGUUUGGUGAAGCAGUUGGAACAGGCCUUUGGCGGCCCACCCAAGGAGGAGCUUCUACACAUGCUGGUGAAACGUGCGAUGGCCGCGACCACUGUCAAUGUGGGAAUUGACUUCGCGACCACCAUGCAGCUGAUGCCCACGUUUCUACAGCCGCUCUUCCUGCUAGUGGUCCGUGGGGACGGAGCGGCUCAGGAGGCCCGCGCCGCCACCUACGGCUUCGUGGCGGAGCAGCCCUCGCAGAUUUUGGGGGACCGGCCAGAGUCGAAACGCACUCCCUUCUGCGUGCGCCUGCUCUCCCCGAACCUCGUGUCUGACGCGGACACGAAGCAGUGGGAGGUGGAGUAUAGCUUGCGGGAGGUCCGCACUGCCACCAUCCGGCAGGCCGUGGAGGCGGAUUUGGAGGCCUUGCGGAAGUCUGUGGCCACGGGCAGGUGGGACGACCUAAGUUGACCCCCACUGCCGUUGCUUCGCCGGGCCGCGAGUGCGAGUCUUAGCGCGCCGCACUGACCCGGAUGAAGCUCGCACCCAAUCCAUCGGUUUGCAAAGAAUCGGCAGCCGGGCGUACA